AUAUUUCUCUCAAUAUUUUUUUUCAAAAAUUAAAGAAAAAAUGCCUUUAGUUCUCCCUCCGUCCAUCUCCUCUCCUCGUCCUCCGCCGCCCCCUCUCCUCCAGCCCCCAAAAUCAAAAUCCUAGACCCUAGAUUCGAACCCUGAAACCUUCAUCGCAAACCGUCGCUCCGAUGCCGGCGGUGGGGCUCCGGCGGGGCUUCCACCCGGCGACGUGAUCCAAUUGGACGGAAGAAGAGCAGGGGAGGUAAGGGCUGUGUGGUGGUUUGGUCGGAAAUGGGAGGGGUGAAGUCGAAGAUGGCGGCAAAAUUCGCCUUCUUCCCGCCGGACCCGCCGUCGUACGGGGUGGCGGUGGAGGACGAGGCGACGGGGCGGCUGGUGAUGACGGAGGUGCCGCGCCUGCAGGGUGUGGAGGUCCGGAGGCUGCGGACCAAUCGGGGGACAGAGAUCGUGGCCAUGCACGUAAGGAACCCUGGGGCCAAGUUCACCGUCCUCUACUCCCAUGGCAACGCGGCGGACCUGGGACAGAUGUAUGAGCUCUUCGUCGAGCUCAGCCGUUGCCUCAGGGUCAACUUGAUGGGGUAUGACUACUCUGGCUAUGGACAAUCAUCGGGAAAGGCGAGCGAGCAAAAUACUUAUGCAGAUAUUGAGGCUGCUUAUAGAUGCCUUAAGGAGACAUAUGGAACUCAUGAAGAAGAUAUCAUUUUAUAUGGACAAUCAGUUGGCAGUGGUCCUACUUUGGAUUUAGCCACUCGCUUGCCUCAUUUAAGAGCAGUUGUUCUACAUAGUCCCAUUUUGUCUGGGCUACGAGUUAUGUAUCCUGUGAAGGAUACAUAUUGUUUUGACAUAUACAAGAACAUUGAGAAAAUUCCACAUGUCAAUUGUCCUGUUUUAGUUAUUCACGGAACUGAUGAUAAUGUUGUAAAAAUCUACCAUGGGAAGCAGCUUUGGGAACUGUGCAAAGAAAAGUAUGAGCCUCUGUGGAUUCAGGGAGGAAACCAUUGUAACUUGGAGCUUUAUCCUGAUUUCAUAAGGCAUCUCAGAAAAUUUAUAUCAGCCAUAGAGAAGUCGCCAGCAAUAAAAAAUGAAUCAGCUGAGAGCUCAGAUUUCUCUGAUGCUCCUCGGACAAGCUCUGACUUUUCUGAGUUUUCAAGGAAAAGCAUAGACCAGUGGGAGAAGUCUAGGCUUAGUACUGACAAUUCAGAGUUUCCCAGGAAGAGAUCAGACCAGAAGGAGAUGUCUAGGCCAAGUACCAACAGUUCAGAUCUUCCAAGGAAGAGCACAGAGCAGAAGUCUAGGCCAAGCAUUGACCGUACAGAGAAACCUAGGCAAAGCACAGAUCGGAGGGAAAAGUCAAGAACCAGCACUGAUAGGAGAGAAAAAUCAAGAAAGAGUGUUGAUCAUGCUGACAAGGUGAACGAUAACCCAGACCAGCCAGAGAAACCAAGGAAAAGCAUAGAUCGCUUUGGAGAUAUGAUGAGAUCGGUGGGGUUGUGCAAUAUCGACUGUUUCAAAGACAAAGCUUCCGGGCCCUGAGGCAUUCAGAGGCAAAUAAUAUCUACAAGUUAUGGCAUCCAGCAGUGCUAUUUGCAGGUGAGGCUGUUAAAAGCUGGACCAAAAACCUGAUUUUAUACUAUUUUUGGAUGAGUCUGUUUCAAAAUUUUCAUGUUUUCAGCCAGGCCUGAGGUUAUUUUUUAAAGCUGUGGCUGUUUUAUGGCGGGCAUGUACAUGUUCAUCAACAUUGGGAAUCAGAAUUACAAAGCAUUCAUGAUUUUAAUUUUUUAUAGUAGAUUUUCUGUCUUUUAAUCUCAAUGCUCGUUGGUGUAGUAACUAUGUCAUCAACUUGCUGAUUAAUUUAUCAGUGUAUACACACUUUCUCAUCUAGAAAGGCAACCAUUGCGAGAAACCAGUAGCAUUCCUGGCCAAACUUCGCAUGCUGCUUAUAUCAGCCUUGUGUACAUGAGAGAAU